UGUUAUUAGUGUAUACAAAAUGAACUUAAAGUAAUCUCAAAUAUUUAAAUCAGAGAUGCUCUCUGGUGAUGGCAAAUAUGUUUUGUUUUUCGGAUUUGUUCUGCUACUCUAUGUUGUUCCUGCAACCAACUGGCUUCACGAGAAAACGCCAGGGAUUUCAUGCGACAAUAGCGAUUGCUGUAUGUUUAGCAAAGGAAAAUACCCCGCCAAGAAACGGGUAAAUCAAAAUUGUUAUACCGGUAACGGUCAAGAAUUUCGAGGGAAAGUUAACGUUUCUCGAGACGGGAAAUCAUGCAUGAAUUGGUGGGUCUUAGGUGGCAAAUUUUGGGGUAACACAAAAGAAGAGAGGCGUCAAUACGGUAUCGGAAACCAUAGCAAUUGCCGUAAUCCUGACCCGGAAUAUACCGGUGGUCCUUGGUGUUACAUGGGUGUUGGCUUGUUCAGCAAAUGUGAUAUUCCUUCUUGCAAAGACUUCAAAGAAGAUACUACGUACAACACACCCUUGCCAACCUGCGAUAGAAAUGCAUCCGAAUUCGUGUUUCCCGAUUUCAUGUAUCAUUUUCGUAAAAAAAUUUACUACGUUACUAAGCGUAGGGAAGGUUAUGAAACUUAUAAAUUUUACGAUGACAACAUGACGUCAUUCGGAGAUCCUCCUUCGGAGAAUAUCAAAACAUCUUGGAACUUAUGCACCAGUCUGAAAAACAAUGAUGUAAUAACUUUUGCUUCCUCUUACGAUGAUAAAUAUUUGUUUGUGUACUUCGAAAGACCAGGAGCAAUGAUCAAAUUAAAUUUUGCGUCAAAGACAAGCUGGUCGGAAGUUUCUCCUCAUAAAUAUAAAGACUGUAUCAUACAAGCAACUCCAGAAUCCAGCAAGACACCAGAUUCAAAGAAAUCCUUCACAGCAAUGCGCAAUGUUUUUUCUUUCAAUGAACCAUCAGUUGUUCUUUUACUUGCAAACGAUAAACUGAUCAGGUGCGAGUGGAGAGAUGGAAUUCUUAAAUUUAUCAACUCCACCAAAUCAUCAUACGGGAUUUGUCCAAGAGGAAGUCUUCACUUUAUAAACAAGCAAAACGUUCAUUAUCAACUGGGAAUACCAGACUCGAGCGAGGCAGUGUAUUCUUCGUCCGACAAAGUUGUAAGAUCAGUUGUUCUUGCUGUCAAUGAAAACCCCGUCCUCGCCUUUCCAAUGCUGGCAAAAGGAUGUCUCCCGACAGAUAUUUACCGUUUUCUUAAACGUGCUGCAGGAUAUUCCAAACUUAACGACAAGAGUCUGGUUAUUCUACAUCCGGUAAAAUCCGGUUCUGGAGUUCGGGAAAUUUGUGCGGUGGACGGAACAAGAAGUCGAAUUUACCAAUUGUAUGACGGAAAUCAUUUGGACGAUAUUGUUCGCUGGCUGUUGAAUCGUUCACGUAACAAAAAAGCCUGGCUUCGAUUUCACGACAUCAACUUGAGAAAAUCUUCAUUUUGUGACACAGUCGAAAACAUUUCAUGUUGUGCCAAUAUUGUGGACCAAUUUACGUCUCUCGAAAAAACAAAAUUAAACAAUAAUACUCAAACUGUGGAUAAUGGAUGUGACAACGACAUGUUUUUCGUCUUCUGCCAAGUUCAUAUCUCCGGAAAUUCAAGAAACUGUCCGACUGUAUCGUGUACGCAUGACAUUGAAAAUGUCGUCAAAGAACAGGAUUUGGUCGUGUGUGAAAUACCGUUAGGUCGUGAUCCGGAGUGUUCGUUCUCGUUAGAUAGAAUUUUAAAAUCGGAGAAUUCUGGAACAAUAACAUAUAAAAACGCUGAAGAAGCCGCGGAAAAGAUGGACAUGAUUGCAGCUACUAUACAAUACCAAAAUAAAAACGACACUAAGGUGUUAUCAACUUUAGUAGAUUCAGUUCAAGCCCUCAAGACUAUGAAUUAUACAACCUUGUCGCGAUCAGGUGCAGAAAAUUUAAUAUCAGACGUGAUGAACGUUGUGGAUAACAUUGUUGAUGACGAGAGAGUUGAUGUAUGGAUGACAUUACAGGAAGAGGAAGUCAUUGUUAACGACAAUAACAAUGGAAAAGUGGAAACCGCUACGGAAAGUAUGCAAUCAAAAGAAAAAUCGAAUAAAUUGCCAUCAGAUAUGCUCUUCACUCUGGAAACUGUUCUAGGAGAGAUAGCUUCUAGUCAAAUUGGAGUUCAAGUAUCUGCUGGGAAAAAUUCAACUUUUCACAUGGACAUAAAGACUAAAAAUAUACAUAGCACAAUUCAAAAUUUGGAAAUUCAAGAUGACGGAUUAACAGUCGAUGAAAGCAACUUAUUAAAGUUUGAUCGUAUCGGCGAAAAAUCCGGAGAACAAGCUCUAACUAUAGUUUCAAGAUAUCCCAAUGUUAUGCACCUCAUAUCUCAAGUGGAAAACGCAAAGAAAGAAACUGAAUGUAAAACUGAGGAUUGUUUGGAAAAAAAUCAAAACGAAAUUGAGUUUAUUAAUUCAUCUCCCGUGAUUUCGGCAUCUGUGAUGGAACGAGGAAAGGUGUUACCUGCAUCAGUUACAUUUGUUGUGCCGUACAAAGAGGAUGAUAUUCCAGAUCCUCGAGAAAGAGAUUCAAAAUUCUAUUUUUCAUGUCGAUAUCUAGCUGUUGAUGAAGCCUCGGAAACGAAAUGGGAUGAUAGUGGAUGCAAAGUUACAAAGGUCGACAAGGUAGAAAAACUGGUUUAUUGUUUUUGCAAUCACACAACAAAUUUCGCUAUUCUUCUUCAAGUUGUUCCUCCAAAGAUCAUCAAAGCUGACAUGCAAAAGCUGCAAACCAUUUCAUACAUCGGGGAAACAAUAUCUGUGUUUUGUUUGGUUUUCACUCUUACGACUUUUAUCGUUUUUCGUCGAACUCUGAAAUCGCCUCGCAUGGUAGCGCACUUUCAUCUCGUUUCUGCUCUCAUUAUUUUCCAUACUACACAAUUACUGGUCGUCUUUGCUGAGAAAGAAAAGAGCACCAACGUUCUACCUUGCAUCAUUGUUACAAUUUUGACUCACUUUUCUCUCCUGGCAACAUUUUGUUGGAUGUUAUGUGAAGGAAUACUUUUAUACAUGAGUGUUAUUAGCGUUUUUCAUUCAAUGAAAUACAUGAAUGUUAUCAGAUAUGUAUUGGGAUGGGUGAUACCAGCUUUCAUAACUGGAAUUACAAUAGCAUGCGGUCUUACGCGUCACCCGUAUCCUACCUGUUACCUGCAAGGUGUUGGAGAAACAAGUUGUCCUAAUAUGAAUGAUGAUCCAAAUGUAACUGAGACAAAUUCAGCAUUUGAUUCUGCGGAUGCACAACCCGACGUUCAUCUUAUACAAUGGUGCUGGUUGAGCACUGCUAAUUAUUUGAUUUGGGCUAUGGCGGCCCCUGCGGUAGUAACACUAUUGAUAAACGCAGUAAUUUUGGCAAAGGUAUCCUGGGUUAUUGCACAAACGGCAAAGUCAGCUAAUAUGUAUCGUCCUACAACAGAGCAGAAGAAAGAAAAACAUAUCAGAAAAUGUUUGAAAGGGGCGAUGCUGCUCAUGCCUAUCUUGGGUGUGCCGUGGAUUUUUGGAUUGAUACCACAAGCUGCAAGUCACGUUAGCUUGUUAUACGCGUUUGCUAUAUUCAACUCAUUACAAGGAUUCUUCAUUUUGCUAUUUUAUUGCAUACUAAGCUCUGAAGUGAGAUCGGCGUUCAUUCGAUGUGUGCGAAAACAAACUUUACUUCACUCUCAGAACUGGUCAAGUAACAUGUCAGGAAGGCACAGUUAUGCUGAUCAGAAAAGCGGAAAUAGAAAAUCAGUUUGUUCGGUCACCAAAUCGAGAAUAACUUCAUCUACAGAUCUUAUAAAACGAGACUCAAAACGAAAGUUAACGACUCAACUAUCUUCAAGUUCAACAACUCAUGCGGAUAAACUCGAUAGUGAUGACAUAUUUUCAGAAAAGUAUAUGAACAACAAUGCAAGGAUUCCUUUACGAAGUGAAAGUUCGCUUUGAGUGUAAGUAUUGGAACUAUAUGCCCGAUUGAUGUCUGAGAACCUGGAGGAAAAUUUUAUUAUCGACAUAAUCCGCCAGAGUAUGCCAAAGAGCGGAAGCAUUUGCGAAGAUGUCGCAGUCUCGCAGGCUCAUUUUACAUCGCGAAGCCUGUAAAAUUCAAUAAGUACCAGAUUGCCAAGUUAAUAUUAAACCAGACGCUCCAGUAGAGCAGUGGUUUUUAAUAUAUCGUUGUCUGUAUUUGAGUCAAAAAGUACCAAAAUUACAAAUACAUUUUUGCGAUGUUAGGGUUUAGGUGGCGAAAAUUCAUCAAAACUCAGAUUUGGGUCGCGCUCAAAAAGGUUUAAGAACCACUGCUGUAGAGAGUAAGUGCGAGGGGAGAAUUAGCGCGCAUCAUGUGGAAACUGAAUAGCGUGCGUUUCUUUUUAAUUCAGCGUCAGUAUUGUCAUCUAUGCGUUACUCCAAUGUGGUGUCAUUGUUACUUAAAUGAUAUACGAUGAUGUGUUGCGAUAUUUUGUAUUUUUUCUUUAUUUCUUUACUGAUUCCUAAUACUUGUUAAAACUGACAUUCCUACCCAUCAUUUUACUGGUAUGAUUACGUUAAUAAAGCAAUCAUAAAUAUC